CAACUCCACUCAAAAAAAAAGUCCACAGACAGCAUGGCCUGGCUCUCGUGUACUUGUCUGUUCUCCGUGCUCGUGAUCCUUCUCUACUUCCUGAGGAGGAGGUUUGGUGGCUGUGGUGGCGGUUGCGGUGGUGGCGGUGCGUCUCAGCCAGUAGGAAAGAGCCUUCCAGCUCUGCCUUCUCUCCCCAUCAUCGGCAGCCUCCUCAGCCUGAAGAGUGACCUGCAGCCGCACAUCUUCUUCCAAGACCUGCAGAGGAAAUACGGGCCGAGCUAUUCUCUCAUGAUGGGCUCCCACAACGUCAUCAUCGUCAACAGCUACCAACAUGCCAAGGAGGUGCUCAUGAAGAAAGGGAAGACCUUUGCUGGACGACCACGGACUGUCACCACUGACAUCUUAACGCGCGAUGGAAAGGACAUUGCUUUCGGAGAUUACAGUCCAACGUGGAGGUUCCAUCGAAAGAUAGUGCACGGGGCCCUUUGCAUGUUUGGAGAGGGGACAGCUUCCAUUGAGAAAAUCAUCUGUAGGGAGGCGGAGGCCAUGUGUGUGACGCUGGGUGAGAUGCAGAGCCAGGCGGUGGACCUGGGCCCGGAGCUGACCCGCGCCGUCACCAACGUGGUCUGCUCCCUCUGCUUCAGCUCCUGCUAUCGCCGCGGAGACCCAGAGUUCCAGGCCAUGCUGGACUACAGCCAGGGCAUCGUGGACACUGUAGCUAAGGACAGCCUCGUGGACAUCUUCCCCUGGCUACAGAUUUUUCCAAACAAUGACCUGAAGGUUCUCAGGGACUGCGUGUCAGUCAGGGACACGCUGCUCCAGAAGAAAUAUGAGGAACAUAAGGCAAACUACAGCGACAACAUCCAAAGGGACUUGCUGGACGCCUUGCUGAGGGCAAAACGCAGCUCGGAAAACAACAACACGAACACGCAGGACGUGGGCCUGACCGAUGACCACCUCCUCAUGACCGUCGGAGACAUUUUUGGGGCAGGAGUGGAGACGACCACCACCGUUCUGAAAUGGUCAAUCGCAUAUCUAGUUCAUCAUCCGCAGGUGCAGGCUAAGAUCCAGGCGGAGUUGGACAGUAAGAUUGGGCGGGAGCGGCAGCCGCAACUGAGUGACCGGGGGAGCCUGCCCUACCUGGAGGCCACCAUCCGCGAGGUGCUGCGCAUACGCCCCGUCUCCCCGCUCCUCAUCCCACACGUGGCUCUGGCCGACACCAGUAUUGGGGACUACACUGUGAAGCGCGGGGCGCGAGUCAUCAUCAACCUCUGGUCCCUACACCACGACCGAAAGGAGUGGAAAAACCCAGACCUCUUUGACCCCGGCCGGUUUCUGGACGAGGGGGGCGAGAGCGUGUCCAGUCCCUCGGCCAGCUACCUGCCGUUCGGGGCGGGCGUGCGCGUGUGCCUGGGGGAGGCCCUGGCCAAGAUGGAGCUCUUCCUCUUCCUCUCCUGGGUCCUGCAGCGCUUCACGCUGGGCGUGCCCCCCGGACAGCCCCUCCCCUCGCUGGAGGGCAAAUUCGGCGUGGUGCUCCAGCCCCAGAAGUACAAGGUGCUGGCUCGCCUCCGGGAGGGCUGGGACAGAGGCCAGCCUGGGGCAGAGGCUGAGGCCGAGUCUAGGGCUCUCGCGACGGAGGAGUAGUAGUGUAGAGCAGUGUUUCCCAACCUUUUUUUGUCUCGCGUACCCCCUAAAGCCUUUUUGUCAUACCAUGAGUACCCCCUCAUUCGCGCUCUACGUAUAUCCCAAUGACACUAUACUCUGUGCAUUUGUUCACUUGUCCAUGUACCCCCUGUAGUGUGCUUGCGUACCCCUAGUGGUUGGGAAUCACUGGUGAAGAGGACUCUAUUCUACAUUAUUUGUACUGUAUACAGCUGUACUCUGCACUGAUCACACACUCUGUACUAGCUUGAAUGUCCUCUUUGUUGUAAGUUGCUUUGGUCAAAAGCGUCUGCUAAAUGUAAUUUGGUAGAAAGAAGCAAGCAGCAUCCAUUCAAAACAAACAUGAACACACCAUCCACCAUCUUUCUGGUGACACGACAACAUUCCUUCACAGCAUUCCAGAGCUUGUUCUUAGAACAUGUUCUGUGUUUUACAUUUUGGCCCUGUUCAGGGUUGAACAGACUGCAUGUCCUGCUUCUUGGUUUGUGUGCAUACUCUGACAAAAAUAGUGGGAGGCACAUAUUUCAAGUAAGCCCUAUUAAAUUUGAAUGCACGAUUUCACAAACCCUGGUCUUCAAAGCAUGUGUUGUUUUUUUCAAAUUCAUAAUAAAUGCAGUUUAAAAUCAGCACAUUUCAAGUAUAAUGGAGGAGGUGGCCUGCACACCUUGAAUCUUUGUGUGCAGGUGCAGCUCUCAAUGGAAGUCACUUGAAACGAUAGAAGAAGCGCAACACUGCUACAAUUACGGUCAAGGUUUUAAUGUGAAAGCUGAUGAACAUCAGCUUUCACAUUAAAACCUUGACCGUAAUUGUAGCAGUGUUGCACUUCCACUAUAAUUUUCAAAAAUCAGCACAUUACCUGCCUACAAGUGCCAAACUAUUUGAAACAGCAUGACAUCAUACAGGUUGAACCAGUAGGCCUACAUCAUUUCUGAAAUGUCAAUAAACCACAACACGACAAGGGUGUUUAUUUUACCUUUACAAAUGUUCUCUUUAUUAUUAUUUACAUGUAAUAGUCUUCAGAUUCUCACAUAUUUGGCUGACUUGAACAUGACAGAAAAAGGCUAUGGUUUCUAAAACUGCCAUAGUACCUGGACUCGUAUGGAAAGCUUAUAAGGCUCCCUCCCGCCACAUUGAUGUCCAUUCAGACUUUUGCAAACAAACCCACUAUGUUAAGUUGCUGAAGUUCAAACAGUGCAAUAACACCUUAUUCAGGCAAAACAAAAAAGAAAAAAAGGACAUGAUAGAAGAAUUUUUCCCCCAUUUUUUUUUCUUCUUUCCAGAACAUUCUUAUUUGGUCACAAGACAUGGAAGCUGGUUGGAAGAGCACCACGGAUUGGACAGCUGGCUUAUUCGUUCAUUCUAUUCAUUCAGUCUAUUCAUUCAUUCGUUCAUUCAUUCAAUCAUCAAUGCAUAACAGCAAAUGUCAUUGCAUAAAAAACAAAGCAAAACAAGAGGAGGGCAGAGAGUCACAAGUCAACUGAUAAGCAACAGAACACCUGGCUGAUAGAAGCUUGUGUGUUUUGUUUCGUUUUCCUCUGUGUUGGCAGACAGCUAACCUACUUACAGGUGGUCAUAAAUGUUACAGUACACUGGGUGGAUUAUUUGUAUAACCAGUUUUGCAGUGCCUAGAUAGAAGCUCAGACAGGGGAAGUAGGCCACUGUUUGCAUGCGGAUGCGUAAUCUAGUCACAUUUUCGGGACUAGU